UUUUAUUAUAUAACAUUUAGUGAAAUCUCUUAAAAUAUCAGUGAAAUAAAAGUGUUAUCAGUCACUCAGUGACGAUAACACAUUUUAGAGUGAAAAUUUCACUAUUUCACUCUAAAAUGUGUUACUAAGCACGGCACGGCACGGACGUCCACCGAACGGAAAAUUUCAGUUCGUGCAUGCACUACUUUUUCCGUCCGUGCGUGUCAAGGGACGUCAUUAUUUAGUUUUAAUAUCGUUACCAUUGUACCGCGACUUCCAAUUUUGUUUUGUUUUCAUUCUGUUAUCUUGCACAGAUAGAUGGAUGACGAAACAUUGAUCGCCGCUGUAAGGUCUCGGCCUUGCAUAUAUGAGAAAUCAGAUAAAAAUCAUUGUAAUCGGGACGUAAUCGCAGCUGCAUGGGAAGAUGUGGCAAAAGAAGUUGGAACAUGUGUGACGGCGACGGAAUGCAAGAGCAGAUGGGAUUCCAUUCGAGAUUACUUUCUCAAGAAGUAUCGAGAAUACAGAAGCUCCACAUCUGGUCAAGCUGCAAGCAAGAAAAAAAAUAUGGCACCUCUACGACUUUUUAACGUUUUUGAUACCAUCUUGCUCCACAGGACCAACCAGUGGCAAUCUUCAAGAAAACGAAGACGACACCGCAACAUCGGGUGACGAAGAACAGUCUCAGAACAGCCCACUCUCUAUGCAAUCAGAAGAUAAUUCUCUAGCAGGACAGUUCAAGAAGCCACAAAGGCGUCUUAAGAGAAAUGCUCAAAGUGCUGGUAUGUCUGCAAUCGAUAUGGAAGUCCUGAAGGCCCUUAAGGAACCAGAGCCACAGCAACAAAUCGACGACAAUGAAAUGUUUUUCAAAAGUCUUUUGCCCUCUCUCAAACACCUAGAUGAAGUGCAAACCAUGGAAUUUCGUAUGGAAGUACAACGGCUCGUACUGACAUACUUAAGAUCAGCACGUUCAAACAAAACUGCUGUUGAAACCUCCGCAGUGGGUGUCGUAAGUCCUCCGCAAGCAACUGGUUCUACUACCAUUUACCAGCGCACCGAAGACGCCCGCAAUUAUUACCAUGAGGACCAAUACUACUGUCAGAAUACAUAUACACACUAAUUUUGACAUUUGACACCACUUUUGUUUACAUAUUUCACCAAAAAAGGACAUAAUAAUGUCACAAUGAUAAUGUUUAUUUCAGUCAUUUGUUUCUGUAUUCCAGUCAUUUGUUUUUGUAUUUCAGUCAUUUGUUUUUGUAUUUCAGUUGAAAGUACAGAAGAAGAACCAGGAUUUUAUGAGAAACUUUUGACCAACUUUGUGAACAGACUACAGGUUUAUUAAAAAGGAUAUUAAUGCAUA